AACUAUCGCGAGAGGAUAUCUGGCGUACACCCGCUCCCAACACUGACCGCGUCAGUCUUGAAUCGACAGAGCAAUAAUGUGCUGUCACGCUGUGGCUCCUAUCCAUGUUUCCCCUGAAAGUACCCGAAGACCGUUGAGGUAUCAAAGUGAGGAUGUUUGAUUCUCUCUUUGAAUAUUGAAAGGAAGAAAUCGAGUUGGGAAAAGCAGUCGGGGAUCAACACCUGCGCGAGCAGCUUGCUUUGGCAGCUAGCGUGGGAGAAGGAAUGGCAGCUCCACGGCCGAUAAAAGGCAUCCUAAAAAACAAGAAUAACGCCGCCAGCGUUAAACCCGCGCCUGGCGACUUUCUGGGAGACAAACCCGAACAAACUCCCGGACUUUCCGAUGAAGACCAGCAAAAGAAAACCCAGAAGUGGGAUGAGAUGAAUAUCCUGGCCACAUACCAUCCACCAGACAAAGAUUACGGCCUGAUGAAGAUAGAUGAGCCCAGCACACCUUUUAACAGGAUGGUUGGAGAUGACGAGGAUGAGGGAGCCUUGAGUGACGCAGAAGGUCGCAGUGCACUCCCAGUGGAUGACCUGACGUCAAAGCUGAAAGCAGCAGAAAGCUCAGAACCUCGAUUUAUGAAAGAGGAAGAAGAGGAGGAGGAGGAAGAGGAAAGUGGUGAAGAAGAGGAGUUAUCCCCCGAGGAACAAGCUAAAAAGAAACAUUUUCAAAUGAUGAGGAAGAAGCACUACAAUGAGGGCCUCAACAUCAAGUUGGCGCGGCAGCUCAUCGCCAGCGAGCUCGACGAGGACGAAGACGAGGAGAUGAGGGAUGAAACGGAGGAGGCUGAGGAAAUCAGUGUUGACCCACCCCAGGAAGCCGAAUCUCUGGACUCGUAGAUGAGGUGUCUCUCCUCGCUCCACUACGUGUGUCGGCUCACCACGCUGACAGACGACGUCGCUGCGCCGCGUGUUUUCAAUGUCAGGCCAAACUCCAGACCCCGCUUCACCCAUUGAACUCCCCUGAACAGCCAGUAACCUUGAAGUCUCCACUGUUCCAAAAAGUGCAAUAGAACCUCAAACCUCGUGGAAAUGUCCUUCCCUUGCCCCAUGGAGGUCCCCAUCGCCCUCUCCGCUGCACUGGCGUGCACUGAAUACAGUAUAUUGAAUGAGUGUAAAAGGAUUUGAAGGCCUUUGAGGAAAAUGAAUGGGACUUCCCUCAGGCACGGCAAAAUCCCCUCUAAUGACUGUGCUUGUACCAGCUGCAGUUCAGAUGGACUUCAAAUCUGUGACUCACUGCUCUGGUUUGUCAUUUCACAGUUGACAGUUUUAAUUUGAUGCCCAUAACUGCUAGACACUGUGGACGUUGCAGUGUCAGACAACCGGUUGAAAACAGACUUUUAUAAAAGCAAAUUAACCAACCCUGAUUUUUUUUCCUCUUGAGUUUUGGCUCUUUACAAAGCACCAAACCUCAAUUAUAAUUUUAAGAAUAUCUCUCUUCUCUCGAGUGACCGUUUAACUCAAAAAUGAAAGAUUUACAAUCGUGGUUUUCUUUAAAGAAGCACUUUUUCAUGGAUUGUUUUUUUUUUUCUUCCCCUGCACUUCAAACUGAUGAACGUAAAAGACGGGACUGACUCAGGCUCCAGCUCCCUGUUGUUCUUGGGUGGAGUAAAAACGUUAUCUAAUAUUCAAGGACGGAACAGUAUUAAGUCACUCACUCAAACAGUGAACUAAUGCAUGUGCAUAGGAAGUCAGAUGUUGGAGGAAUGCUGUGUGUUUCUUUCACGAGGCUCUCUUGUCACCUUGAAUGAAUUCUGUGUUCACUGCGCGUUGAUAAUUUUGACUUUCCACAACGUCUAAGCUUCAGUUUACAAAUUAUUAUUAAAUUAACUGUAAAUUCUAAUGAGGACCAUGCAAUGAAUGGCCUAGUUCAUUUUGUGCUUUGCUAAUAAUGUUCAAGCAGGAGGGAAAAAAAACAAUGCUACUGAUGAAUAAAUUAAUAAAAGUUGGCUUUCUUAUGGGUUCCGAAUAUAAAGUUAUCAUUUCAAAUAUUGAGGGAAAGGUUGACAGUUAAGUACAGUAUGUCGGAGCCUUGACAGUGUCUUGUUGCAUCCAUUUUUAUCAUUGACCCAUUAAAUUCUUGUUGUGACUGGU